AUGAAAACUCAAGUUCUGAAUAAACAAGAAAAUGCUACACAUCGUCGAGUAUUUGAACAAUACUGUCUAGUAACUGAGGAUUUUGAGACGGAACUUGAAUAUAAUAAGUACUUAGAAGAGAGAGAAACAGUAGUUAUGAAUAUGGUUCAAAAAAAGAAUCUAGAAAAAGCCGAAGCCAUGUUUGCUAAGUUUGGUAAAGAUUUUUCAAAGCAAAUAGGUGCAAGAAAUGCAGAAAUUCUCAAUUCUCGUGAUGUUCUUAAAAAUUGGAAAGUAUUACCACUUCAAGCUCAAAUGGAAAACGAAAAACGCAAAAAGUCAUCUCGCCGUAACCAAGCAUUCCAGUUUAAACUCGAUUACAAAGCAGAAGAAUUUGCUAAAGAAGCAAAUUCAAGAUUUAACAAUUGGCAAAUGGGAAUGGCUGUUUCUCGGUUCCAGGAAUCUGGUUCUGAUGAUUCUUGGUACGUUCAAAGAGCCAAAGAAGAAUACGCCAAUUCAUUAACAAGACCACCUCAAUUGAUAAAGAACACAGCUUACAAAUUAGGUAUAUGA